AUGGAAGGCGAAUGGAGCGGAUUGGACAUCCACACUCCGGUUUUCGACAAGAAGAAGAAGAAGAAGAAGGACAGACAUCGCCUUCAUGCCCAUGAGAGUUCCCGAGAUGCCCCCCUGGUGAGCGGGCACGCUCACAAAGCGAAGCGGGGGCAGAAGAGGAAGGACCGCCAGCUUCUCGCCGCUGCUCCUUUGAAAACAUCGGAACUCGGUGAGGAGGCGGCAGAGGCCCCUUCUCCGGCCAGGAAGCGGAAGAGGAAGAGAGCUUUGGGGAUACAGGACGGGACGGGCGUGUAUGUCACAGUGGAUAAAGAAAACAUCGAGAACAUGCCGAAGAACUUCAGAAGGGAUGUUGACAUCGUUUAUAUUGACAAGGGCAGGGAGCCAGAGGCAGCCGGAGAGCCCGAAGCGGACCAGUCGCCUGCAGUCACGAAGCGACGGGAAGAGCCGCACGAUCAAGCCAGGGGGAAAAAGAAAAAGAAGCGGCGGGAAGCUGCGUCCUGCGAUGCUGGGCUGGGGGGGCCAGGCCCGGGCGCCAGCGUCCUGCCCCAGCCGGGGUCCCCGCUUUCUGCGGGCCCGGGAGGCCCCGUCACACAGCCGCCAGGCGUCGCUCACGGAAAGAAAAGGAAGAGGAAGGCUGCACGCCGCCGGGGCUGUGAGAGUCCUGGGACCGCGGGCUCCGAGCGGCCGCAGGUGCCCUCUGGCCCGGGGACUGCGGAGGGCAGGGGGGACCCCUGCAGGUUAAAGAAAAAGGCCAAGAAAAGGAGGCGGAGGUCUCCCGGGGACAGUGCUCCCUCGGGGCUCCCCACCAGCUUUGAGGACCCGCUGCUUGCCUCACUGGAAGGUAACGCUUCCCCGAUGGAGGCGAGUGUGACACCCCGGCCCCGAGAGGAGGAGAACCAGGCGUGUUCGGAAGCGCCGAGGUUAGGAGCUCCCGAUAAAGAAAGCAACUUGGAUUCGGCCCGAGAUUGCGAGGCGCAGUAUCUGUCCGAAGACUGGAGAGCCGCAGACGAUGCGGACGUGGACGCGGACCUGGCCUCCGCCGUGAGGCAGCUCCGGGAGUUCAUCCCCGGCAUCGGGGCGAGGGCCGCCGCCACGAUUAAGCGCAUGUACCGGGAUGACUUGGAACGGUUCCAGGAGUUCAAGGCGCAGGGUGUCGCCAUUAAAUUUGGCAAGUUUUCUGCAAAGGAAAAUCAGCAGUUAGAGAGAAACGUGCAAGAAUUUCUGUCCCUGACGGGAAUCGAGAACGCCGACAAGCUGCUGCACACGGACAGGUACCCAGAGGAGAAAGCCGCCAUCACCAAUCUAAAGAGGAAGUACGCGUUUCGGUUGCACAUCGGGAAGGGCAUCGCCCGGCCCUGGAAACUCGUGUACUACCGAGCCAAGAAGAUGUUUGACGUCAAUAACUACAAAGGCAGGUACAGCAAAGGGGAUACGGAGAAGUUGAAGAUAUACCACUCCCUCCACGGCAACGACUGGAAGAAGAUUGGGGAUUUGGUGGCUCGAAGCAGCCUCUCGGUCGCCCUGAAGUUCUCCCAGAUCAGCAGCGAAAGAAACCAUGGUGCUUGGAGUAAGACGGAAACCCAGAGACUAAUCAAAGCCGUGGAAGAAGUGAUUCUAAAGACGAUGUCUCCCCAGGACUUAGACGAGGUAGAUUCCAGGCUCCAGGAGAACCCCGAAGGCUGCCUGGCCGUUGUCCGGGAAAGACUCUACAAGGGCAUAUCUUGGGUGGAAGUCGAAGCCAAAGUCGGAACCAGAAACUGGAUGCAGUGUAAAAGUAAGUGGACAGAAAUUCUCACCAAGAGGAUGACGAAUGGCCGGGACGUGUACCGAGGGGUGAACGCCCUCCAGGCCAAAAUCAACCUGAUUGAGAGGUUGUAUGAAAUAAAUGUGGAAGAUGCUAAUGAAAUAGAUUGGGAAGAUCUUGCUAGUACCAUAGGGGAUGUUCCUCCGUCUUACGUCCAAGCUAAGUUUUACAAGCUGAAAGCCACCUGCGUGCCCUUUUGGCAAAGGAAGACUUUUCCAGAGAUCAUAGACUACCUUUACGAGAGGAGUCUGCCUUUGCUCAGAGAGAAGCUGGAGAAGAAGGCGGAGAAGAGAGGCGCGGCGCCCCCUCCCGCGGCGCCCCGGCGUGUCUUCCUGUUCAGGGACAUCUUCCACUGCGAGGACAGCGAGGAGGAGGAGGAGGAGGAGGAGGAGGAGGAGGAGGAGGAGGAGGACGGAGGCGGGCGGAGCUAG